UAUUUCAAAAUAAUUCAAACGUUUCGCGACUGUUCACCAGUACGGACGUCCAACCAACCAAGCUAAGGGUUCCCUUGCGAAGCUGCUCAUUGCUGUUUCUCAACUCUCCUGUUUUCCAUUUCUUUCUGGGAAAGGUUCUUGCCGGAGGUGUUUGCUUCCUGGAAGCGAUAAAGGUGUCUGAGAAAAUCGGUGCUCCAGGCGCGGUACAAGAAGGGCUUAAGGAAAAGGCGAUAUCCUGUUUCUGGUCGCGGAAGCAUCCGGUUCGAGUGUCAUAGUGUGUACGCGUGCUUUGUGACUCCGAGAAGUGCGUCGAAGUUUGAAAACCGGAAUCAAGUGUAAACGACGUUCGCACGCAGAUAGUUAUUAUUGUGAUCGAAUCAGCGAGCUCUCUUAUUCGCGUGUGAAAAAUCGUCACUACUCGGUUCGAAAUGAUGGAAAAGGAACCGGAUUCGAUGGCGGUCACCAUGAAGCAGGAUUAUGCCGCCAGUGAAGUCUACAGCACCACUAGCGAGGCGCCACCUGCAUACAAAAUCCGCCAGGCUAACUCGGUCAAGAUUGCCCGAAUUGUGGCCGUCACGGUGAUCCUGUCGUCCUUCAUCCUGGGAUCGUUUAUGCUCGCCUCGACGUAUCUGCAGGCGAAGCAGUCCUGCGACCAGAUGCAGACCCUGGAUGCCGUUCUCAAUAAGGAACUGAUGCUGGAGGCGAUGCAGCAGGAACUCCCCAAAGCGCAAGCCUUGAUUCAAGACAACCUAUCGGCGGAUGAGGCCAACCUGCAAAACAUCGACCGGGAAGAGAAGGAGAAGAAACCGGCGGAGAAGCCUCAGCAGAAGAAGGAAUCGACCGAAAGCACCGACAACGACGACGAGGACGAACCGGCCGCCGACGGGGAUAGCGACGAAAGCGCCGACAUGAACAACAACCGGGUUCGUGUUAAGAUGCCGAUGGAAUUGGACCUGUCCGAGCUGGCCCACGCCAUGCUGCGCGAUAAUCAGAAGUCCAAGAUGAACUGUGUUGUUGAGCGACGCCGAACCGAAGAGAUGGUUGAUGCACCAUCCAAAAUCAUGCGAUUGCCCUUCGGAAUGGAGUUCAACACCGAACCAAAGAAGCAGAAGGUGACCGGAGAACGUAUCGCUAUCUUCUGCGAAACCGGAAAUGAACCAAAGAACGAAGAAGCUGAACAAGUGCGCCAAGUCCUGAUCCCCAUCCCACCAAUCCGCACUUUCGGUCCAAUCACCCAUCUGCCCCAGCAGAUGCCACCACAGCCUAUGAUGCGCCAAAUGGCCCGACCAAUCUUCCCCAUCCCCCUCAUGAGCCACCACCAACAAGCACAACAGAUCCCCCCGGUCCCAGCCCAGAUGAUGCAGGCCCCCCACCCAGAAGGUCCCAUGAUGCGCCCCAACUUCCACCCCCAACCUCAACCAAUGAUGCAUGCUCCCCAGCCUCAACCUCAAUCGCAGCCACAGCCCACUUUCCCGCAGCAGAUGCAGCCUCCACGUGCUGAAGUCCGCAUCCAGUUCCAGCGUAUCCCAAUCCCGGAAGCCAUCCGACCAUUCCUUCCCCCUCAGGCUCUCCGCAAUGGCCCGGAACAACCGGAAGUUCAGAUUCGCGAAGUCCCACUGGAAAUGGCCCUGCAGAAAGUCGGUCUGUCAGCCGAUGAGCUGAAGGACAUCCACGAAAUCGCCGCCCAAAAGUUCACCGAGCAGCUGAAGCAACUGAUCGGAGAGAUGGCCGAUUCGGAAGAAACCAGCGAGGAAGAAACUGAUUCGUAUCGCACCACCCCAGCUCAGGAACCCGCCUCGCAGCACUCCGAGGAACGGGAACUCCAGGAACAGCAACCGCCUCGCCCACAGGAACCAGAGCCUCAGGCGCACAACGUCGAGCCACAGAUCCUUCCCAUGGGACGUGCCCAAUACGCCCGAUCUCUGGUCAACCCUAUCAACCUUCCCGGAAAGGUCGUAGAGUCGACUAUCUCCGUUUCGUCCGAUGAGGAUGCGGAACGUCCACACUAUGUCCAACCACGAUCGGUUUAAGCGCGGAUUGUGAAAAAGGCGCGCGAAUGUUUCAAUUCCAAAAUGCAGCGAAACAUUUCAGCACGUUUUCAAAUGUGAUUGUAAAAAACAAAUUAUUUGAACAAAGUCUAUAUGAAAACAAAUCCAAUCGAUAAGUAUUAGCUAGAGGAGAGGAUAAACAAACAAACAAAGCAACGAGAAGAUUGUGUAUGUGUAAAUAAUUGUUAGAAACUUCCGUAACUACCAAAACAACCAAUCCCUCCAAAAUACACAAAAGACAAUCGACAAAACAAAAUGCAACAAAUGUCACAAAAGAUGUCGUUAUAAAAAAACAGAGUCAAAAAAUUAAUCAAUACGGCAAACAGCUGAAUAUCGUUUAUUUUGCUCUAAAAUACAACAACUGAAAGGUUUCCUAAAUAUGUAGCGAUUAGUAGUGAGUAGUAACAAAGAAAACAAAAGAAGACCGAAAUCAAGCUCAUCCGAAAGCGCGAGAUGUUGUUUAUAGAAGUUUUUUAAAAUGAACUUGAAAUUAACGUACAAUUGGGUUGGUUGUCAAUCCACCAAAAUUUUAUUAAUUUUGAACAAUUUCAAAUAAAGAUGUUUUUAAUAAUUAUAAAAUAA